AUGUCAGAAUUACUCAAUGCACCUGGUAACGGCAUAGAUGAGGAUGGCUCCUCGGCAUCCUCACUUUCGUCGACAGGGACCCUAAUGCCGUCACCAACGCGACAUCUAUUCGCUCGAACAAAAAACGCGCAUUCCUCACAAUCAUCUUCUUGGACGGAUUUCUUUGAGCUCGAGUUAUUCAUCCCCCAGAAGUCUGAACAUCAAUACGUCAUUCACCAUGUCUAUCUUGCUUCACCGAAGAGCUCGGGGCCGUUGUUCGUCAUGCAUCACGGGGCAGGCUCAUCAGGCCUUUCGUUUGCAACGUGCGCGGAGGAGAUUCGGAAAAUUCUUCCGAACGCUGGAGUUCUCUCACUUGAUGCGAGGGGGCAUGGUCGGACGACGAUAUCCUCUAGUACUUCGAAAGUUGAUCAUGGGAAUCCUUCUACAGGUACGGCGGCGCAACACGAGGCCGAUAAUGAUGUUGAGCUAGAUUUGACGCUGGAGACUUUGAGCAACGACCUCGUCUACGUUAUUCAGAAGACUCAGGAGCGAAUGAGCUGGGACAAAUUACCGGAUAUCAUUCUUGUUGGCCAUAGUCUGGGUGGUGCUGUCAUUACCGACGUGGCGAAGAAUGGCGAGUUGGGCUCGAAGCUAUUGGCGUACGCAGUGCUAGAUGUUGUUGAGGGAUCCGCUAUGGAUGCUCUCCAAAGCAUGGAGAAGUAUCUCUCUACCCGACCAACCAGGUUCCCCUCAGUAGAAUCAGGAAUCGAAUGGCACACUCGCUCCCGCACAAUUCGCAACACCUCUUCAGCCCGUGCCUCAGUACCCUCCCUUCUAUACGAAGAAACAUCACCCCUCGACCCCUCAAAGCCAUGGAUUUGGCGCACCAACCUAUCAGCUACGAAACCAUUCUGGGAAAAUUGGUUCAUCGGCUUGAGCAAAUACCAACUUCAGGUUUUUCCAGAAGCAGGCCACUUUGUGCAGGAGGAUCAGCCGACUAAGACGGCACAGGUUUUGGCGGACUUUUAUAGGAGGAAUGACCGUAGUGCGUUGGUUUUGCCACCUAAGGGUUCGGAUAUGCAGGCUGCCGCUGCUAUGAAGAAGGGGUCUGGUGCUUCUAAUUUUGCGGGUCAGUUGAAAUAG